AUGUCUGCUCUCGUCGCUACUGAAUACUGCCCUGUGUACUCCCCCUUCUUUGGAGUCAUGGGUGCCACCAGCGCAAUCGUCUUUUGCUGCUUCGGAGCUGCGUACGGUACUGCCAAGUCUGGUGUUGGUCUCACCUCCAUGGGUGUUCUCCGCCCUGACUUGAUUAUGAAGGGUGUCGUCCCCAUUAUUAUGGCCGGUAUUAUCGGUAUUUACGGACUGGUCGUGUCUGUGCUGAUCGGAAACGGAUUUUCCCAAACAAUGUCGCUGUACGCUGGCUUCAUUCAGUUGGGCGCUGGAUUGAGUGUCGGUCUUGCCGGAAUGGCUGCUGGUUUCGCUGUCGGUAUUGUUGGUGAUGCUGGUGUCCGCGCCUCUGCUCAACAGCCACGACUCUUCACAGGAAUGAUUCUCGUCCUGAUUUUCGCUGAGGUGUUGGCUUUGUAUGGUCUUAUCGUUGCUUUGAUUCUCAACACCAAAGCUUCGGAUGCCCAGUGCUAA